AUGGCCUCGAAUCAAGUGAUGAGCCCCGCCCGCAGGAAGUGGACCCAGUUUGUUGGCACCGUCGGCGCUCUUGCCAACUGGGGCAUCCCGCUUGCGGCUAUUUCGAACAUCUACAACCAGCAGGACCCCAAGAAGAUCGAUCCUCGCAUGACCUCUGCGCUGGUGUUCUACAGCUUCCUGUUCAUGAGGUGGUCGCUGGCCAUCACGCCCGCCAACUACCACUGCUGGUCUGCCAUGCCUCCAACGAGGUUGUCCAGCUCGUCCAGCUCGGCCGCUGGGCCAACGCGUACACCCACCCGCCUUCCUGCCCUGCCUACGUGGGGUGGGGAGAAGAAGGACGAGGUCAAGGCCGAAUAA